AUGGCUAAAGUUAACACUUAUCAUUCCUACCCUGCUGCCCAGAGGUCUUCUGGGAAGACUGUUAGUGAUGACCCUGGUAGACUUGAAAAUGGAAUUAAGAGGACCCCCUCCCCGGGUGAGGAUAGAUCUUCAAAAUUAGAGAGUGUCAUUUCCAUGGCGGAAGCAGGAGGGGAUACAUCUGCAGAAGGAGCAACGAAUAGUUCCUCGGGGUUUUUCUCAUCAGUGAGAGCUUGGUUCAGAAAGCGCUUCCGUCGAGAUGGCCAAACAUCUGAUGCUUCAGUUGAGGCUCCAGGGGGAGAAAACAAAGACAACAAAGCUGAGCCAAAGAAGGAUGGGAAAGACGAUCCGAAAAAGGAAAAGAAAGAAAUCUUUGUGAUAGAUCCUUCAAGCAACUUGUAUUAUAGGUGGUUGGGAAUCAUUGCAGCACCAGUAUUCUAUAACUUCUGUCUAUUGGUAUGUAGGGCCUGCUUUGAUGAGCUUCAGAUGAACCAUCUUGUGCUUUGGCUGGUCUUGGAUUAUUCCUCUGAUGUUAUCUACCUCAUCGACACAUUUGUCAAGUUCAGGACAGGUUUCCUUGAACAAGGACUACUAGUUAAAGAUGAAAAGAAAUUAAAAGAAUUUUAUAAAUCAACUAUUCAGUUCAAGCUGGACCUGUUGUCCCUUUUUCCAACUGAUUUGGGGUUUUUGCACUUUGGACUGAACUAUCCUGAGCUGCGAUUUAACAGGUUGCUGAGACUUCCUCGGCUAUUUGAAUUUUUUGAUCGUACAGAAACAAGAACAAAUUAUCCAAAUAUAUUUCGUAUUGGAAACCUUGUCUUGUACAUCCUCAUUAUUAUCCACUGGAAUGCAUGUAUAUAUUUUGCCAUUUCCAAACUGAUUGGAUUUGGAACUGACACCUGGGUUUAUCCCAAUAUCUCCCAUCCAGAACACGGACGACUGUCCAGAAAGUAUAUUUACAGUUUGUAUUGGUCAACAUUGACACUGACAACCAUUGGAGAAACUCCACCUCCAGUGAAAGAUGAAGAGUAUCUGUUUGUGGUCAUGGACUUUUUAGUGGGUGUGCUUAUCUUUGCUACCAUCGUGGGUAAUGUAGGCUCUAUGAUUUCUAACAUGAAUGCCUCUAGGACAGAGUUCCAGGCCAAGGUUGAUUCCAUUAAGCAAUACCUGCAGUUUCGAAAGGUCACUAAAGAUUUGGAAGCAAGAGUCAUUAAAUGGUUUGAUUACCUGUGGACCAAUAAGAAGACAGUAGAAGAAACAAAAGUCCUGAGAUACCUCCCCGAUAAGCUGAAGGCUGAGAUUGCCAUCAAUGUCCAUAUGGAUACACUAAGGAAAGUACGGAUCUUCCAAGAUUGUGAAGCUGGACUCCUGAUUGAAUUGGUGUUGAAAUUAAAACCUACUGUUUUCAGUCCUGGAGACUAUAUAUGCAAAAAAGGGGAUAUUGGAAGAGAGAUGUAUAUUAUUAAAGAAGGGAAACUGGCUGUCGUGGCAGAUGAUGGGGUGACACAGUUUGUGGUGCUAAGCGAUGGCAGUUACUUUGGGGAAAUCAGUAUCUUGAACAUCAAAGGCAGCAAAGCUGGCAACAGAAGAACUGCAAAUAUCAGAAGCAUAGGUUACUCUGAUCUAUUCUGCUUGUCUAAGGAUGACCUAAUGGAAGCUCUCACUGAAUAUCCUGAGGCCAAAAAGGCACUAGAAGAAAAAGGAAGGCAAAUUUUGUUGAAAGAUAACUUGAUUGACGAGGAGGCAGCUAAAGCAGGAGCUGACACGAAAGACCUGGAAGAGAAAGUAAUUAAACUUGAAGCAGCUAUGGAUACUCUUCAGACAAGGUUUGCUAGACUUUUAGCAGAGUAUACUGCCUCACAGUCUAAACUCAAGCAGAGACUUGUAGAAGUUGAGACCAACCUCAAGAAGUCUGGAAAUGAUGCUUUGUUAGAUGUACCAGCCGAAGCUGGAAAACCAGAAGAACAGAAAAAAAAUUAA